AGUUUGUUGAUGAUCUCCAACGAUUGGACGUGACGUCACAACAUCCCGUUCAGCCCAGGGAUUGAUGCAGACAGGCGCGCGCUCUGAGUCUGUUAGUUCACUUCUGGCAGAAACUGAAGACAGAAGACGAGUGUUUUCCAAAUCCAACUUGUAACUGUUGCAUUUGAUUCUUCAAGGACGCGUGGACGCCUGGAAAAGCAACGUAGACAGUACUUUAUAUUAAAGUGAAACAUGGCGAACUCAGGAGUGCAGCUGAUCGGGUUUUGUCUGUCUCUGGUGGGAAUCAUUGGACUCAUCGUUGGCACGGUGCUGCCGCAGUGGAAAAUGUCAGCUCAUGUAGGAGACAGCAUCAUCACAGCCGUGGCUACUUACCAGGGCCUGUGGAUGUCCUGCGCCUUCCAAAGCACCGGUCAACUCCAGUGCAAAAUCUACGAUUCAGUCCUCCAGCUGGACAGUUCUCUCCAGGCAACCCGUGCUCUAAUGAUAGUUGGCAUCAUCAUAUCGAUUGCUGGACUGGGAGUCGCCUGCGUGGGCAUGAAAUGUACCACGUGUGGAGAAGAGAAUAAAGUGCGUAAAGCUCGCACUGCUAUGACAGGUGGCAUCAUACUGCUAAUUGGGGCUCUCAGUGCAAUCGUUGCAUGCUCUUGGUUUGCCCACAACGUGAUCCGUGCUUUCUACAACCCCUACACUCCAGUCAACACCAAGUUUGAGUUCGGUGCAGCCAUUUUCAUCGCAUGGGGUGGAUCUUUUCUCGAUGUUCUUGGUGGAGCUUUACUGGUGGCCUCUUGCACGAAUAAACAGGCGUCCAAGUACACUAAAAGCUCUGCUCGCACCUCCAACAGCACCAAGGAGUAUGUAUGAUUGCUUACAGAUGACCAGACAGGAACUAUAUAUAAAAAAAGAUCCCUGUAAACGGAAAACAGGAUAAGCCUGAUGGAUUCAACUGAAGUGGGUGGAAAACAUGGUUAAUCCAGGGAGUAAGAAUGGUAGAGGUGCUGAUUAUUUUUGCCAUCCUCAUCAGUAGAAAAUAGCCUACAGUAUUUGAAACACAGAGUUUACCUUUCGUAAUGAUGCGUCAUGCAAAGAAACAGUAAAGUGUUACUAGCUCUUUGAAUCACCACCACUAGAGGGCAUCAUUGUCCCUUUUGUUGCAUAACGUACACAACUGCCCAGAAAACUGAAUAUUCAUGAACAAAAGCUUUCAUUGUCUAACAGGAAAGGUGUUGUAUUCCCUUUGGGAAACAUUGAUUAUUUUUUUUAACCCGCAAAGUACAAUGUUUCUUUGAAAGAAACGGUUUGCUUAAGAGCAAGGCCUACAAAGUGGACAGCAGUCAGAAUUUACGCAAAUGCUGUUUUACUAUUUAUUUUGGACUGAAAUUGGGCAUUGGGCAUUCGUCAUUCUAGAUUUAGUAAUAGAGAAAUUAAUGUAUUUAGUUGUGCUUUUACUAAUACUACUGCACUGACAUUUCUACAGUAUUAAUUGCUUAAUCUCUUUAAAGUGCAAUACUAAAGAUUGCCCGACUCAGAUUGCAUCUCAGUUCAAACUCAGUUUUAAUAUCGAAUGACUUACUGACCACUGGCACCAAUAAACCUCGAUAAAAAAGGAACAUGCAGCAAAAAAACUCAUGGAUCUUAGUGAAUAUAGUAUGGAUAAAAAAAUGUUUUUAGAAGAGUACACAACAUACUGUGAUAUGUUGUUGUAUUGUCUCCAUUUGGAAGAUUUAUGUUGUUUUUGUCAAUUGUUUAGAUUUUUGAUGGACUAGCUAGGUCAGAGCACAUAUUCCAUGAUGUUUGAGGGUUAAUUGAAUGAUAUUAUUGGUUUACAGUUCAAACACAACAAAACAAUACUAUGCUUUAUUCUGUUCCGUUCUGUUGUAAUUUCUCUUCACCUGAAACUGCUCAUAAAGGGGCUUGAAUCAGGUGACCUACAGCAUGGACACCAACAAACAUUUGGACCCCUCAGAAAAAAGGGACCUGUUUAUACUGCACUCUGUUUUAUCCCUCACCCACACUGGCAUGGGCUCUGGAACACACACUCUGCAAAUAUUCUGUUGUCAUUUGAAAGGCUGAAUGUUGACACAGUGCUAUUCUGAUAUACUGAGUAAAUAUGGUAAAUGUGCUUUUCUGGCUCUUUAUCAGCAGUUUAAUGGUAUAAAUCAAUUUAAAAAGCACUUAAAUUUGACAAAUGAUUAGAUUACUUUUGCAUUAACCUUAUAAUUGAGUGUUUUCCUGUUUAUCAUAUUGUAGUAUAGUAUAGCCGUUUUUAAUGAGGUCACAUCCCAUUGUGCUCAGUGAUUCUUUUUUAUUUUCUAUUUUUUGCUACAAUUACGAAUGUCAAAUAAAAUAUACCAAUGCAAAAUAAAUACGAAAUAAAAACACCUAUUAUUUAUAACACUGCUGCACAGUCUGCUGAUUGUAUUACUAAAAGAUGUGUAUUGUAUGAAGGGGAGGGCACAUAAAAAAACAGCAUCGGAUCAUAAGCAGACGGUUCAUUAAAGAAAAAGUAAAUGCCAUAUAUAAAUAAAUAAAUAGUAAACUGGCUCACAUACAUUAUACAGCAGUUGUGUUAUUGGUGUAAUGAACAGGACAAUAGAAUCUGAUAAUCAUGCAUACUUUAUUAUUUCUUUUCAAAAAUGCAAUUUGCAAAUACAAAAUGAAAAUCAACGAGCAAUUCCAUGCAAGUCAAUUAUAAUGCACAAACAGCAGAUUAGCAUAACCGUUAUUUUAGACCAUCUUUGAGAAUAAUUCAUUUAGAACAAAGGUGAAAAAAGCACUCCCUGUAAAUAACUACUAAACAGACCGGGAGCAGAAACAUGCCAAAAGACCUCUGUUUCCAAGGUAACUGUGAAUCCUAAGGUGUGUGUGUCACAGGUUAACAGAUUUUCACAGAACAUGUUUGUGAGAGUGGAGCAAACCUACUUUUGGUAUUUGUCCGCUCACUAAAGUGCUUUUUUUUUUUUUUUUUUUUUUUUUUUUAAACGAAUAUAGCCCUGUGCCUUUAGAAA